AGAGAGAGAGAUCCUCCCCUUUCCUGAAGUCUUCUAUCUCUCCCUCCCUCUCUCCCUUUACAUUGCUUCCCCCUCCCAUUAUAUUGAAAUUGGCCGGGAAUUGAACAUGAUCACAGAACUACUGCUAGUGUCGCACCCUGCUGGAGUGCUCUACCUUGCUGGAAGCUGAAAUCAAGGACGGCAGAGGAGGCAGCAGCUCUCAACAGGGUUAAACAAGGACGGGAUUUCACAGUGUAUAUAUAUAUAUAUAUAUAUAUAUACAUAUAUAUGUUCAAGUAUAUACAUACAUGCACAGAUUGCACUUUUCCUGAAAUUUCAAAGACUUUUUUGUUCUUUUCUAUUUGGGCAAAACUGCAUUUUGUAUUUUGCAAACAGUGUUUUGGCACUCAUUAUAAUGCUGUUAAAGGUUGAAUUUGGCGUGUUCUGGAUUUGUCUUUCGCUGCUUCAGCCGGCAUCUACAGUAAGCAAAGCUACUCAAGAUGUUGAUGAGUGUGUGGAAACACUGGAUAAUUGUAACAUUGAUGCUAUCUGCCAGAACACCCUCAAAUCAUAUAAGUGCAUAUGCAAAUCUGGCUAUACUGGUGAUGGCAAACAUUGUGAAGACAUUGAUGAAUGUGACAACGAUUUCAAUGGAGGCUGCGUUCAUGAAUGCAACAACAUCCCAGGGAAUUACCGGUGUACAUGUUAUGAUGGCUUCCGGUUAGCUCAUGAUGGCCACAAUUGUCUGGAUGUGGAUGAGUGCGCCGAAGGGAAUGGUGGCUGCCAGCAGAUUUGUGUCAACAUGAUGGGGAGCUACGAGUGCCGUUGCCGGGAUGGCUUCUUCCUAAGUGAUAACCAGCAUACCUGCAUCCAGCGCCCUGAAGAAGGAAUGAAUUGCAUGAACAAGAACCAUGGUUGUGCUCACAUUUGUCGGGAAACACCACGUGGAGGAAUUGCUUGUGAAUGCCGACCAGGAUUCCACCUCACCAAGAACCAGAGGGACUGCAAAUUGACUUGCAACUAUGGAAACGGGGGCUGCCAGCACACCUGUGAUGAUACUGAACAAGGUCCCAAGUGUGGCUGCCAUAUGAAAUUUGCUCUGCAUUCAGAUGGAAAGACCUGUGUAGGGGAAAGAAGUGCCCAGCAGCCAGCAGCGACACACCUGUUACCCAAUGAGACCUGUGCCAUCAACAAUGGUGGAUGUGACAGCACAUGUCAUGAUGCUCUGACAGGUGUCCGCUGCAGCUGUCCUGUUGGCUUUACCUUGCAGCCUGAUCGCAAAACUUGUAAAGAUAUUGAUGAAUGUCGUCUGAACAAUGGAGGCUGUGAUCAUGUGUGCAGGAACACUGUUGGGAGCUUUGAGUGCAGUUGCAAGAAGGGGUAUAAGCUGCUCACCAAUGAGCGCACCUGUCAAGACAUUGAUGAGUGCUCAUUUGACAGAGCCUGUGACCAUUCCUGUAUCAAUUCAGCUGGCAGCUUUGAGUGUCUCUGCCAUAAAGGCUAUGUCCUAUAUGGCCUUUCUCAUUGUGGAGAUAUUGAUGAGUGUAGCAUCAACCGAGGGGGAUGCAAGUAUGGCUGUCUUAACACCCUGGGCAGCUAUGAGUGCACAUGUCCAUCUGGUUACAAGCUCCACUGGAACAAGAAGGACUGCAUUGAACUGAUUAAAUGUGCACCGAGUUGGCUAUCUCCACGAGCAACUCUGAGCUGCAGCAAAACAGGCAAAAAGGACAGCUGUUCAUUAACAUGUGCCUCUAAAGCUCAUUAUUUUGCAGAAUCUGAUACCAGCUACACAGUAAGUUGUGGAAUUCCUGUCCUGCGUAACAAGAUUCCACAGAAACAAAAUAACAGCAAUCCACAAAGCUGUGUAGAGACUUUUACUCCACCAGUCAAGCAGAAGGCCUCAUUUAAGAUGAAAGAUGCUAAAUGUCACUUACACCCAAAAAUGCGGAGUAGACAAGAGGAGGCUAGCAAGCUCCUGGGAGCAGGUGGUGCUGUGCCCUGCAGUGACUGCCAUGUGACCUUUGUGAACCUCAAGUGCGACUCCUCUAAAAAAGCCAAGGGUAGGCGAGCCCGAAACCCCCCCAAUAAGGAGAUCUCUCGCAUUACCCUGGAGCUGGAAGCAGAAGUCAAACCAGAAGAAAUUACAGCAACCUGUAACCUCCACUGCCUUCGACAGAGAAUGGAAAAACAGGUGAAAGCAUUCAUCAAGGCCCUGAAAAAAUCAAUUAACCAGGAACGCUUUUUAAUUCGCGUGGCUGGGCUGGAGUACGAAGUAGCACAGAAACUUGCACGUGCACAUGAGCAUCAGGACUCUUGUGGGCCUGGUCGUGAAAGAGAUCAUGGCCGCUGUGUUAGAUGCUUACCUGGAUCUUACUAUCAUGGAGAACAGGAGAAGUGUGUCCUCUGUCCCCCAGGAACUUUCCAAGAACGUGAGGGUCAAUUAGCCUGUGACCUUUGUCCAGGAAGUGAAGGCCAUGGUCCAGUUGGUGUUCGUAAUAUCUCUUCCUGUGCAGGUCAGUGUCCAGCCGGCUACCACUCACAUGAUGGCUUUAAGCCUUGCCUGCCUUGUCCUCGAGGAACAUACCAGCCUGACCCAGGUCGAACACUUUGCUUCCCUUGUGGGGGUGGAUUGAGCACCAGGCUAGAAGCUGCCAGCUCUUUCCAUGACUGUGAGACUAAAGUCCAGUGUUCACCUGGACAUUACUACAAUAUAACAGUCCAUCGCUGCAUUCGAUGCCCAUUAGGCACCUAUCAACCAGACUUCCGACAAAACUUCUGCAUCUCCUGCCCAGGCAACACCACUACAGACUUUGAUGGAGCAACCACAGUUUCUCAAUGUAAAAAUCAGCGAUGUGGAGGUGAUCUUGGGGAGUACACUGGAUAUAUUGAAUCUCCCAAUUAUCCUGGGAACUAUCCUGCCAAUGUGGAUUGUACAUGGAACAUCAACCCACCACCUAAACGUAAAAUCCUCAUUGUGCUUCCAGAAAUUUUCCUCCCUUCUGAGGAUGAAUGUGGUGAUGUGCUGGUCAUGAGGAAGAACUCCUCUCCAACUUCAAUUACAACGUAUGAGACAUGCCAGACUUACGAGAGGCCAAUAGCUUUUACAGCGCGUUCCCGUAAGCUGUGGAUCAACUUUAAAUCUAAUGAAGCAAACAGCGCUAGGGGUUUCCAGAUCCCCUAUGUCACUUAUGAUGAGGACUAUGAGCAACUAGUGGAGGACAUUGUUCGAGAUGGCAGGCUUUAUGCCUCUGAAAAUCAUCAAGAAAUCUUGAAGGAUAAGAAGCUGAUCAAAACGCUGUUUGACGUGUUGGCCCACCCACAGAACUACUUCAAAUACACGACCCGGGAGUCAAACGAGAUGCUGCCACGCUCCUUCAUCAAGCUGCUGAGUUCCAAAGUGUCCAGCUUUCUAAGACCUUACAAGUAACCAUGGAGCCAGGACGUCUGCACGAUGGCCAAGAACAACAGGAAAAAAAAUUUUUAAAUUUAACUUUUUUUCAGCUUAUUAUACAUAACUCACUAUGCAGACUCCUUAAGCUUUUAGCUGCAACAAUUGAUUCAUUUCUUCACCUAAGACUUGUUCUUCAUGUAAGUCUAAGCGUUGGAGCUUAUGGACACCUGCCUGCUGCUUCAGUAUUUACCAACUGUUUCCUAUUUUGUUUUCAAUUUUUUUUUUUUAUUCUGCUAUCCUGAGUGGGUGUCUUCCUAACAACAUGCCCACUUAUGCAACCUUUUGUAUAUAAAACUGCAUUUGGAUGUUACAGAGUGACUUUGAAACCAAGCCAAAGCAAGUUGGAUUAUUUGUCUGUGGCAUAAAGGCAGUGGCACAAAGUUAGGGAAGAGUUGGGGAAUGGGGUUUGGAGGGAGGUCAUUUUUUAAGUAACUUCAAGCAUGGGAAGUGUUUUCAGCAAUUCUUUCAUGGACACCCCUUGCAUUAAUUAUGCCAUUGCUUAAAACAGAUUUGUGGAGGUAAGACUGCAAGAUGCGCUUUAUUUCGUGAAGGACGUUUCACAGAAUGUCUAAAUAUUUCUUUUUUUAUUAUUUUUAUUACUAUUUGAUGUUAAAAGUGACACUGUCUAAGUUGAAUAAUGUAACGAAUUACAGGACAAAUGGGAUCUGCCACUUCAAAGUGCUGUAGAGGUGAAGCAUGGCAGAAUUUGAAUUGGCACUUCAGAGGAGUGAAAAGAUCUUUCAGUGUCCUUCCUCUCCUUGUCCAGUAACCCAACUGGGUAGCAAUGAAUUAAACCAUCUUUUGCCACUCAAAGUGCGGUUGGGCAGCUACCCGGGUGUAAGGGGAAAUUCAAGCACAACAGAUUUGUCCAGCUUGCACACUAUUUAGCAUCUUCACAGUUACUGGGCAAAAGGGACAAAUAUUGCAGAACAUGUUUAUCAGCAACUCAAAUUUCAUGCCUGCUCUAAAGCACACUAAAAUUAUUGAGGGUAUCAAGUCCAUAAUAACAAUACUAAUGAUAACAACAGGAAUUCAGGCUUAGCACAGAGGCCACAGGAAGGUAUAGUUACAUACAGUAUGAUUAUCAAAAAGCUGAGCUGAGUAAAGAUAUGAGCAGAAAAAGCUUUUUUCCCUUUCUACCUUUUGAAUUAUUUUUCCCGUUUUUUUCUCUAUAGUUUUCUUCAGUUUACAAAGCAAUGUCAAUGCACUAUAUGAGUACUUAAUAAAUGACCACACAAGUUUUAGUGUGUUAAGAAAAAAAAAAACUGCUCCCCCUUAUCUAAUUUUUGAAUCGAGAUAGUGGAGAGCCAGCAAGUGCUGAUUUGCCAUUUUGCAGGCACAUAACAAAAAAUAAUUUGAGCAGCCCUGCCAAAGAGUGGUGACAGCCAUUGUGUGGGUAUUUGUACAUUGCGUCUUCUUUCUUUUCAUUGUACGUGCAAUGAUCCUGUCCUACUCUAACAUUUUGUUUGUUUCUCUUGACUGUUUAUGACUACCAACAAUGUUGAAUUAUGCUCUUUCAUUUCUUUUUACAUUAGUAAAGCUUUUGGGAUAGAGUGAUGUCUUGGCAUCCCAUAGAAGGGGAAGCGAAACAAGGUGACAACGCAAAUGGGAGUUCCUUCUGCUCAUGGAAGCUGUACAGCCCUGAUUUAAGGAGUUUAACGUGGUGUAGCAUCUGCACUGCCUGAAUUUCUCUUGAUAAUUUUUGGCAACCCUGCCCCUGUUCCCUGUUUUCUUUAGCUGCAGCUUAGAAGAGUCUCCUGAUGGACCUACUUGCAGUAUGCAAAGGCAUGACCAGUGUUCUGUUGAAUCUAAUGUGUUCAGGAUCAUGGUUUGUGUAAAACAGAAACUUCAUCCUAGGACAGGAGGAUCAAAUGAUUUUGUUUUAUGUUUUUGUGUAUUUUUUUGUUUUUAAUAUGUUUCCUAUGAUGUAUCAUAGAAUUGAUGAUGGUAUUUGCACUUGAAAAUUGUUAUUGCUCCUGUUAAAAAAAGAGAAUGGAUUUUGUAAUGUCUUUUUUAAUGAACAGAAUUGAUGUUGUUACACUAGCUUGUGGUCAGCAUGUUCACUUUGUCUGGAGUUGCAAGACAGAAGCUCAGUGUUUUUAAGUGAAAUAUUUUUGCUCCACUCAAACCUGAGUUUCACAUCUCAUAUUCCAGCAGACCAAGUGACACAGGGUGGGCUGGAAAUGCAACCCUCUAAUAAACAUCAUAAAAAAACGAGAACAACCAGCAUGGCAGAGUUGCUGACUUUGUAACAUGUAGAAGUGUGAUUAUUCUUUGGAUUAUGUGGUGACUGCCAGUUGUGGCCAAUGUGCUACAAAAGUGCAACUUAAAGCACUGCCCAUAGAAAGUAUCAACCGGAAAGAAGAGGACAUUGCAAAAAUAAUAAGGUGGAAAAACGUGAAAAGUGAUGUCUCAGUAUGCUUGUGAUGUCUUAAUAUACAACAAGGCACAGGCAUGCUUUCUUGUUCUUUGCUAUAGUCAGCUAUGUUGAAAAAUUAGGGCACCUCUCCAACCCUGCAUCUUAUAGUACCUAUACAUAUAGAGCUGGGUGAAGGUCACCAGACAAGAAUAUGAAAGAUAAUUUUAAUGUUGUCUGGUUCUUUGCUGCUUACCAGCCCCAUGGGUUGAGUUUAGUUUUUUUGCCUGGUCACUACAUACAUGAUGUUUGCCUGUUCUCCUCAUGAUUGUGGUAACUUCCUCUGGGUAUUUAAGUUUUUAUAAUUCAGCUGGUUCGUGUAAGUAAAGAAGUAUGCGUGUGAGUGUGCCUCUGAAAUGGGCUGACUUCGAACCCAUGAUGUAUCUUCUCUUUUUAAAAUUUUUUUUGGUUUAUAUCCAAAAUUAUGUAUUAUAAAAGAGGUAUCAUAACAAUGAAACAUACAUUCUAAAAAAAGGGGAAUAAGUCCAGUCAUAAAUAUAAUCGAUUCUGUGUGCAACAGAAAGAGAUAUCAUAAACCACACUAAAAACACCACCCACACCUCAAACAGUAAAUUAAUUAGUAAUAAUAACUGUAAAAUUGUUAUACAUCUUCAGAUUGAUUAAAAUAUCAGUUUAACAGAAACAUCUGCAGGGGCCAGGAACACAUGUUAGAAUAACAUGACUGAUUUAAACACAUUUUAACACAAGAGUUAUGGGGGCUGCUUUAGGAUUCUUUCAUUUGAGCAAGAUUAGUCAAUACACUGACAAUGUAGUGUAGGAAAUUAUGAUGAGCUUAUUACUAGAUAGUCGAAUCCUGUCUGAAAUAACUCCAAACACUAUUGUAGUAGGAUUUGGGAUGAUCAUAAACCCUACACUGCCUGAUAAAUAAGAAAAUAUCUGUGUCCAAAUGAGGCUUGAAGCUCAUGGCUGUUUUAAAUGGUUUAAAUUCAUAAUUUUUUACUCACAUUUUUAGACUAAUUUUGGAGUUGCCAAUGAGGGCUUUUGGCUCACAGAAAUCAAUUUUGAUAAGAAUUUAUAUUUGUGUUUUUUAAUAAACAUUUUGUAUAUCU